UGCCAUACAUCCAUCCAUCCAUUUUCUGUACCGCUUAGUCCCCACUGGGGUCGCGGGCGUGCUGGAGCCUAUCCCAGCCGUCAUCGGGCAGUAGGCGGGGGACACCCUGAACCGGUUGCCAGCCAAUCGCAGUGCACACAGAGACAAACAACCAUUUGCACUCGCACUCAGACCUAGGGACAAUUUGGAGUGCUCAAUCGGCCUACCAAGCAUGUUUUUGGGAUGUGGGAGGAAACCGGAGUGCCCGGAGAAAACCCACGCGGGCCCGGGGAGAACAUGCAAACUCCACACAGGGAGGGCCGGAGGUGGAAUCGAACCCGCACCCUCCUAACUGUGAGGCGGACGUGCUACCCAAGAAUAAUGGAGGAUUCUCAUUUUAACUCCUCCUAUUUCUGGUCCCCCAUUCCCACUAUGUCGGGACAGCUGGAGAAUGCCGUGUUUCUGAACAAAGUGAAAGAGCAGCAGGAAAAGAGCGCCUCCUUCCCGCCGCACUCGGCGCCCCACUAUCAAACGACGUUGCUCGGCAUCCCGACGCCGGGGGGCAAGGCGGCGGAUGGUGGCGGGCAGCCUGGUGGUGCCGCCCAUCUGCACCCUCCGCACAGCAGCCAGAAUAUCACCGUGCUGCCAGUCCCCUCCACGGGGAUCAUGACGGCAGCGGGACUGGUCAUCACAACUACCCAAGGAACCUUGGUGUCUCCCACAUCCUCGCCGUCCUUUGUGUCCGCACACCCUACCACCACCAUGAUUCAGAAGUCAUUCAGACAGCUCAGUCACCUUCAGCAGCACAACAGGAUUCAUACUGGAGAUCGGCCAUACAAGUGUACAAAUCCUGGAUGUGAGAAAUCCUUUACGCAGCUCUCCAAUCUACAGUCCCAUCGACGUCAGCACAACAAAGACAAACCUUACAAGUGCCCCAACUGCAACAAAGGCUACGUGGACGCUGCCAGCCUGGAGGUGCACAUGUCCAAACACACGGUCAAGCACGCCCGGAUCUACUCGUGCGGCCUUUGCAACCGCACGUACACCUCAGAGACUUAUCUUGUGAAACACAUGGAGAAACACGGCCAAGAGCAGUUGAACGCCUCCGACGGCGUGGCGGCGGCACAGCACAGCCAAGGCCAGGCAGCUCACGCUCAGCCCAGAGCUCGUAGCCGGGCCGAGGGCUCGGAAGGCGUGGAGGGCAGAGCCGGGCGCGGUCAAGGCGGCUAUGGCCAGCCGAACGCCAUUCCCUGUCCUUUUGACCUUCACCAGUACAAGACGGUGUCAACGGGAGACAUCCAGUACAAACCCAUCGGCGUGUCGGACGUUGGUCCCCACAAGGACCUCUGCCUAACCGUGACGUCUUCCGGCAUUCAAGUGGAACACCUCAACUCGUAGAGACGCAGGCGGAUGAAAACGCAUCCAAGGACAUCAAAGCAAUAAUAAAACAAAACGAGAACAUUUGGAACUGUGCCUGCAAAUGUUUUCUUGUUUCUCUGACGGGACAAGCAGUGUGGUUUUUAUUUUGCUGGAGUGUCCUCGUGGAAGAGAAAUGUGAGCCAAUGAAAAGAUUUACAGUCCAUCACAGUGAUGGGUUAAAAAUGAAGCUGGAGGAAAUGAGAGAGUGAGUGCCUGUCUUGUCCUUUUAUCACCUGCUCUUCUGUACAAAUACAGCGGGUGGCUCAUAACCAUGUUAUGCUCUGCAGACUAUUUGGGAUGACUUUUUACAUCAGUGUUAUGAACUUUUACUGCGUGGCAGACUUUGUUAAAGGCACAGAGGUUCUUUACUUUUCAGGAAAGUCAAAAAGAAUUGUAUUUGUAGAUGCAUUGAGUACUACUCUCUAACGUGUCUCGUGUGGAUAAAGAUGUAUAAUGUACACUCCAAUGCAGGCUCUUGCUCGCAUUGUAAUGCCAUCAUUCUGCUCUGUAUGUCCAUCGGUGUGUCUUGCUAUGAAAUAUGCUCAGCAUAAUGUUUGCUAUUCUUGGUGAGGGACGUACUUGCACAUCUGACUUUUUAAGAGGGGAUAUUGAACAAUAAACAAAAUGUGUGGCACCUUUA